UGGCACUAUUCUUGCCGUUUAGCCCUCUGCGGCUGUCUGGGCUUGACUUCCAUAUCACCAUGUGUUCUUGUUUCUCUAGGGACCAGAUUUGUUUUGUUUUGGACAGCCCCAAGGGCGGGGUCUCGACUUAGUCCAACUUGCGAUCGCGACGGCAGCGCUGGCUUGGGCAGCGACUGUCCACUAUAUUACACAAAAUCCACUAUCCAGCUGUGUUAUCUAAACUACCUACCUUUUGCGUUUCCAUAGUCAGCAAGCGCAAAACAUAUAACAACGAUGACAUUGAAUCAACUAGCUACGGAGCUAUUGCUCCAUGUAUUUCGUUCCUGUCAAACAAUAUCCGACAUUUUAAAUCUCGCAUCAACUUGUCGACGACUUCGUACUGUCUUUAGCAGAUCCAAUAAGCUCCAAAUUCUCACCGAUAUUGCCGAGCGCGAAUUCGGACCAAUAGAGGAGAUCAUCCAAAUCGUAACGCAAAACGCAAGCCAACCAGCUCACUUAAUACGCAAGCCUCCCAUGACCAACCCCCUCUUCAAACAAAUAGUCCAAGUCGGACGCGUAGCUCGGAAAUGGGAGACAAUCUAUCCCGUCAAAAAAUGGAAGGUGGAUUAUGAAAACCGACGAUCAUUGACAGAUGACGAGCGAUUCCGCCUCCGCCGAGCUAUCUAUCGCCUAUGGCUUUACCAUCGCGCAUUCCAUACGCGUACGCAUGAUCGCUUCAGCCGUAAGCUCCCACAUAUCGUCACCGAGCGCGCGCUACUCCUGCAUAACUGGUCUACGCAGGAGCUGGGUGAUAUCGAGGACGUGCGUCUCAUUAUCGCCGAUGUCGUCCAGAAUCAUAUUUGUCCUAGUAAUGGAACGAUUCAGCGAAAGUUUCGCAAACGGUUCCCGGAAAGUCACCACCAGUUGGCAUUCAACAUCCAUCUGAAUUACCCAGCGCCCAGCCCUCUAGGGCCUUCCGGGCUCUUUGAUAGCCCGAAUUCGGUCGACCAAUACUGUCAUAUCGCACAUGUUGCCAACUUUACUGAGUCGCCGGCGAAAUAUAGAUCUAGGUUCCGGAAUGACUUUUUUCAUGACCCCGGCGCCGAAGGCUGGGGCGAUGAGAUCCCUCACUACUACGUGGUCCAGGACAUGAUGAAGCUUGAUCCAGGUCAGGUGCUCUGGCUGCGCGAACAUGCGCCCCUGAAAGAACAGGUAGAGGGCUAUGUGCACUCCCUGGGAGAUUGGUUUCGCGACAAUGGAGAGACAUUCGGGGAUACACUCGAAUGGGUGAUGAAACAGAGAGGCGACGAUAUCGAAGAGUUCAAGGCGGCCAUUUCAGACCGGGAGGUGGGGAUCGUGUGGGAUUAAUGCAUAGCAUAUCUGCGCUAUGCACUACUCAAAUGUAUUACGAAGCUACCAAUGUACCUAUGUAGUGUCCAUGAAUAACCUUUCCAUAAGCAA